CGUUCGCGCGCCGCCCACCGGGCCUUCCUCCUCCUCCCCCGCCCAGCCUCCGCACCCAUGCAUUGAGUCUCGACCUGCGCCCUAUUCUCACUCGAUUUUUCGGUGCGCCUCUCGUAGAUCCAUCGCCAUGUCCACAGACGGCCUCACUGCCCCGGGCAGUAGUACAUACUCGUCCAACACCAUGUAUGUCGGCGACGGCACCUGGGAUUCCGAGAGGAAUACCUUCCUGCUCCCCAAUCUCAUGGGCUUCAACUUCGACACUAUGCGCUACAAUGGCAUGGGAAACCGCUUCAGGGAAAUGCCUGGCUACAAAUCCAUAAUCACGGGCCACGGCGUCGUGGCCGCCAUAACUUUCCUCGCCAUCGUCCCCGCUGCCAUAUUCAUGGCUCGCUUCUACCACCGGAACCCUCGCGCCGCCCUCAUCUGGCACAUCCGGUUACAAGUCCUCACUGUUCUACUGACCACGGCUGUCUUCUUGUUGGGAUAUUUCGCCGUCGGGCCUGGCAGGAGCUGGACAAACCCCCAUCACGGCAUCGGGCUUGCCGUUUAUGUUUUAGUCCUCGUGCAGGCCCUCGGUGGCGGUUUGAUACAUCGUUUGGAGAAGGGAAAAGAGAGGUUUAAGAUACCCUUGAAGUUGUUUAUACAUCAAUGGCUUGGAAGAGCAAUUGCCAUUCUGGGGUUCAUUCAGGUUGCCCUGGGACUUACGCUCUGGGGUUCACCGAAAGUUUUGUUUAUUCUUUAUGCGGUUUGGGGAGCUAUACUCCUCUUCCUUUAUUUUGUUCUUACUUACAGGAACCUGUCCAUCGGCCCCUUUGUCGAAAGCGAUGGUACCUACAUCUCGGAUUACCGCUCCGAAUUGACGGAGGAUAGACGGAGCCGCCGCAGCCACGGCCGCGGACGGCGUUUGGGCGCGUUGGCAGCUGCGGGUGCGGCAGGCGCCGGCCUGGCGGCACACAGGUCGCGCAGCCGGAGAAGAUCGCACGAGACUGGAGACGAACAGACGAUCCUUAGCUCUCGACGCGACUCGCACCACCACCACCGGCCGCACCAUUACGAUUCCUAUGCCGACGAGAAGUUCACUGAAGACGGCCACGAUCCUCACAGCCACACUUGGCGAGACAGGAUGUUGGGAGCUGGCGCAGGCAUUGGACUGCUCGCGGCACUGAAAGGCUUGUUUGGCAAGAAACGGGGCCCGCAAAGCGACGUUUCUGGAUACUCCCACCCGGUUGGCGGUCCACACAGUGUUACUCAAACAGACCUGAGCCGGCUAGAGGAGGGCCGUGUGCCAGCAUCGCCACAAAGCUCAAGAAACGAUCGCUACAGGCGUAACCAGGAGAGUGAGGUGACACCCGGCCAAGUCGUAACAGAGUCAGCGAUGACUGGUAGCCCCGUCCGGAGGUCAUACAUGAACCGUAGGCGGAGCGGUGCUUCAGUCAGUUCAUGGGACAGCCGGGGUGAGAGUUUCGAGAGCUCAAGAGAUGACUACCCACACGAGCCCAUACACGACGACGGCCACGGAUGGCGCAAUGCCAUUGGGGCGGUUGGUAUUUUGGCAUUCUUGAAGCACAAGCUGGGACGUGGCGGUCGCAAAGAAGAGGACGAGCGGGUGGCGGAGAUGAGGCGGCAAGAAUUGGAGAACGAGAAGUUGGCACGCUCGAGCAGCCAGAGACGGAAGUUCGGGGAUGGAUUGUCUACCCCCACGAGGCCUGGACGAGAGGUUUCGGAGGGUGAGAGCUCGCUGGACUUCAAGACCGGCAACCCUGAACUGGCCCGGCCCCCCGCCUUCGGAAGGCCCCAACCCAGCACGAUUCCGACUGGCAACAUUCCGCCGCUUGGAAGCAGGAUUAGCACGGUUGGAGAGGGCAGCCACCCAGCAACUGGUUUCCCCCCGCAGCCGCAUGAUCCAUUGCCCAUGCCCUUGGGAGCUCCGUUCGGACGCCGCGACUCUUCGGGAUCCGAGGCUUACAUGUCACCCGGUGGGCGUGAGCACCACCGCCACCACCUCGGCCACGACGCAGCAUUAGCCGGAGCUGGCGCUGCAGCCGGUGCGGCAGCAGCACGACACAAGCAGGGACGCAGACCCAGCGUGGACACAGACAUGACAUCGCACACGCCGGUCUCGGUCAAGGUCAAAAUGCACAACGACGGUCGGCACGUCACCCUCCGCCGGCUGAACACGGAAGAAGCGGCAGCCGAGCGGGAAGCAAGGAAGCGCGACCGGCCAUCACGGAGAAGGAACAGCAGCUUGAGCUCGUUGAGCGGCGAGGGCGAUGAAAGGUGGAGGCGGGUUGAGGAAAGGGAACGAGCGCAGGCGGCCGAGCCAGAGGCGCCCCCGCAACUGCAACCACAACGACCCGUAUCACCGAUCUCUCCGCCAUUCUCUCCACCAUACUCGCAGCCGUCGACGAUGUACUCGCCUCCGGUGACGUCUCCGGGCCGUCACCCGCUGGGAUCCCCAACGGGCCCCCCGCCAGUGCCAUCGCACGGCAUGAGCCCUUCAAAGGUCGACUAUCACGGCCUCUCGCCGCCACCGUUUGGCAGCGGGCUAGGCAGUGGCCUCGGCAGCCCGUCGGGGACUUACACGGAUACAGAGGGUGGUGCUAGCAACUACGACACCAACCGGCGGCGGCGCAGGGCAGAACGGGCGCAGGCUCGGUUGGCGCGGGGCGAGGGCGGCAGUCGGGUCGAGUUUACAUAGGGCUGCGGAGCGAUCUGGCGAUGGGCGGGGGCUUUUUCUUUUUUUACAUCUGGGGUAAUUCGGGCUAGGGAUGACGAGGGAUGGCGCCGACAGAGUGACGCCGUAGUAGCUGCGUGUCGGGAGGGGCCGACGCGCUUG